ACCUGCUGUCUCCCUAAGCGAGCCGCUAUCUCGCGUACUGGCACGUUGCUGCUGUAACAGCAGCUGAGAGUGACACGUGCUCAGCCAAGGAGCCGCGCAGUCAGAGGAGUGAGAGGACACGGGGCGCCAAAGUGCCCGGUACUCCCUGAACUAAUAAGGGCACGACGCCUGGUGAGAGCCAUGCUAACCGAAAUUGUGCUCGUGGUGUCGGCACUGCCACUGCUGGGCGUGGCCGUCGCACCGUCCGCGUUGGAGGUGGUCGACUUGCCGGGACUCCGUGAGCCCAUACACUUCAGGCACUACUCGGGUUUUCUGAACGCCACCGAAGGUCGACUGCUUCACUAUUGGUUUAUGGAAAGCCAGCGGUCUCCGUCUGACGACCCCGUGCUGCUGUGGAUGAAUGGAGGACCCGGCUGUAGCUCGCUCGUUGGUGUUGCCAUGGAGUUGGGCCCGUUCCGCAUUGAUCCUCUCGGCGUGAACCUAACCAUAAACCCAUUCAGCUGGAACAAGAUUGCAAACGUGAUAUUCCUCGAGGCGCCGGCAGGUGUCGGUUACUCGUACGACCCCAGCGGGAACAACAGUAGUGACGACUACAAGGCCACCGAAGACAGCUACCAGGCAAUACUGGAUUUCUUUUCCAAGUUCCCGGAGUUCAGGAAGAAUGAGUUUUACGUGACGGGUGAGAGCUACGCCGGUGUCUUCGUUCCUCUCCUAACACAACGCCUUCUCCUCUCGAAUCCACUCGGAAUAAACUUGAAGGGUUACGCCAUCGGAAACGGAGCGGUUGAUUUCGAGCUCCACGGCCAGGCGAUCCUCUUUUUCGGCUACUACCACGGCCUCUUCGGUGACGACCUCUGGAACGAGGUGACAUCAAAUUGCUGCAAUGGCUUAGUCUCGAAGGAGACAUGUGACUUCGCCUGGAACACCCAUGAUCCUGCCUGCGUUAAUCCGGUGAGCGUCGCGUACGAAAUCGUUCUCAAGAGUGGCUUGAACGUGUACAACUUGUACGUCCCCUGCGACAUCGUCAACCAACCGGGGGAGCUUCUGUCGAGGCGUCACCCGGAGAUGACGAGUCAGUACGCAACGAAGGAGCUCCUGAACAAGAUGCUUGGCCUGCGAACCUCGAGCCUGUCCGAGACUCCGAAUUGCUACAACCAGGACAACUUGCUGCUGUACUACAAUAGACGCGACGUCAUCGAAGCUUUGCACGUUGAACAGUCUCCCCAUAUGUGGCUGCCGUGCAGUGCAACCCUAAACUACACCCAGCAGCAUGUGACUGUGCGGGAAGUGGUGCAACAACUGGCCGAAUCUGGGCGUCUCAGAGGCCUUAUUUAUCACGGUGACGUGGACAUGGCGUGCCCGUUUCUCGGAGGCGACUGGUUCGUACGCAGCUUGGGAUACGAGCCCACAUCUCAAUACAAGAUGUGGCACGCUGGAUCGUUUAUCGCUGGCUUCGUGCAGACCUUCGCCAAGGACAUCACUUUCGUCACCGUGAAGGGUGCCGGCCACAUGGUUCCCAUGGACAAGUCUGAAGAAUCACUGCAGAUGAUAUCCAACUUCCUGUCAAGGCGCUCGUUUGAAUAAAGGAAAAUGUGUUUUCA